ACACUGUUCGUAUGUAAUGUAAUGUUAAACUGAAAUUGAAAUUCAACGCAGUCUACUCCACUUCACUUUAUCCUCCCUCUUCUCCAUUCAUUUCCUCUGUUUUCCGACGCCACUCAGCAAAGAUUAAUCGAUCUAGAGAGCCUGUUCGUAGGCUCAACGCCGUAUUCCUCACUAGAAUCAGAUUCCGUCAGUUUCACGAGAUGGCAACAGAGGGAGGCAAGAGCUUUGCAAGGAGAGACAAACUGCUUGAAAUCGAGUCGAAGGUUAGAGUUUGGUGGGAUGAGAAAGAUGUUUUCAGGGCAGAACCCGGCGAGAAACCGCCUCAACCAGAUGAAAAAUUCUUUGGGAACUUUCCUUUUCCCUACAUGAAUGGUUUUUUGCAUCUGGGUCAUGCCUUUUCUCUUUCGAAACUCGAGUUUGCUGCUGCUUACCAUAGAUUAAGAGGUGCCAAUGUUCUGUUGCCGUUUGCUUUUCACUGUACGGGUAUGCCGAUCAAGGCUUCCGCCGAUAAACUUGCUAGAGAAAUCCAAAAAUACGGCGAUCCACCGGUUUUUCCUCACGAUUUCGUCGAAGAGGAACCUAUUUCGAAAGAAGAAUCUGACCCGAAUGAAGGUGCCAAUGUGGUGCCUGAUAAGUUUAAAGGAAAAAAAUCUAAAGCAGCCUCUAAGUCCAGUGGACAGAUGUUUCAGUGGGAAAUUAUGAGGAGUUUUGGACUUUCGGAUAGUGAGAUAUCCAAGUUUCAGAACCCACAUGAGUGGCUGAAAUUCUUUCCGCCGUUGGCUGUUGAAGACCUUAAGGCAUUUGGCCUAGGAUGUGAUUGGAGAAGGUCGUUUGUGACGACGGACAUGAAUUGUUUUUUCGAUUCAUUUGUUAAGUGGCAGAUGAGGAAGUUGAAAUCCAUGGGUAAGAUUGUUAAAGAUAUGAGGUAUACUAUAUAUUCUCCCUUGGACGGUCAGCCUUGUGCCGAUCAUGAUAGGGCAACUGGUGAAGGAGUUCAGCCUCAAGAGUAUACCAUUAUUAAAAUGGAAGUGGUGCCACCUUUUCCUGCCAAAAUGGGUGUUCUUGAAGGGAGAAAUGUGUUCUUGGCUGCUGCAACAUUGAGGCCUGAGACCAUGUAUGGGCAAACAAAUUGCUGGGUAUUGCCGGAUGGAAAAUAUGGAGCCUUUGAAAUAAAUGACACUGAGGUAUUUAUUCUGACUGAGAGGGCAGCACUCAACCUUGCUUAUCAGAAGCUCUCCCGUGUCCCCGAAAAGCCCACUUGCUUGGUUGAGCUGACUGGAUAUGAUCUGAUUGGUCUUGCUGUGAGAUCUCCGCUCUCAUUUAAUGAGAUCAUAUAUGCUCUUCCAAUGCUGACCAUUCUAACAGACAAAGGUACCGGAAUUGUCACCAGUGUUCCUAGUGAUGCUCCUGAUGAUUAUAUGGCCUUGAAUGAUUUGAAAGCAAAACCUGCUUUUCGGGCAAAGUUUGGGGUGAAAGAUGAGUGGGUGUUACCCUUUGAAAUUGUUCCCAUCAUUGACAUUCCUGAAUUUGGAGACAGAGCUGCUGAGAAAGUUUGUCUGGAUCUUAAAAUCAAAAGUCAGAAUGAGAAAGACAAGCUUGCCGAGGCAAAGAAGUUGGUGUACUUGAGAGGUUUUACUGAGGGAAUCAUGACUGUUGGAGAGUAUGCUGGAAGAAAAGUCCAGGAAGCGAAGCCACUGAUAAGGACCAAACUGAUUGAGACGGGCCAAGCAAUAAUUUAUAGUGAGCCUGAGAAAAAGGUCAUGUCAAGGUCUGGCGAUGAAUGUGUUGUGGCUUUAACUGAUCAGUGGUAUAUCACAUAUGGGGAACCAGAAUGGAAAAAGUUGUCUGAGGAGUGCUUAUCGAACAUGAACCUAUACUCGGAUGAGACAAGGCAUGGUUUUGAGCAUACUUUAGGAUGGCUGAACCAAUGGGCUUGCUCGCGAUCAUUUGGCCUUGGGACUCGCAUUCCUUGGGAUGAAGAAUUCCUUGUUGAGUCAUUAUCUGACUCCACCAUUUACAUGGCUUAUUACACAGUUGCUCAUUUCUUACAAAAUGGGGACAUGUAUGGAAAAAGUGCUGAUCUACUUAACCCUGCCCAGAUGACUGACGAGGUCUGGGAAUUUCUUUUCUGUGGUGGUCCUCAUCCCAAAUCUUCAGAUAUCCCAUCUUCUGUUCUUUAUAAGAUGAAACAGGAAUUUGAAUACUGGUACCCAUUUGAUCUUAGAGUGUCUGGAAAAGACCUUAUCCAGAACCAUUUGACAUUUUCUAUAUACAACCACACAGCAAUCAUGUCGAAGGAUCACUGGCCUCGUGGAUUCAGGUGCAAUGGACACAUUAUGCUCAAUUCGGAAAAGAUGUCCAAGUCUACUGGAAAUUUUAGGACACUGCGCCAGGCAAUCGAAGAAUUUUCUGCCGAUGCUACAAGGCUCUCUCUGGCUGAUGCAGGGGAUGGUGUAGAUGAUGCAAACUUUGUGUUUGAGACAGCCAAUACUGCAAUCUUACGGCUUACAAAAGAGAUUGCAUGGAUGGAAGAGAUUCUUGCUGCAGAAUCAUCGUUGAGGACAGGUCCCCCAUCUACCUAUACUGAUCGAGUGUUUGAAAAUGAGAUAAACAUUGCUGUCAAAAUGACUGAGAAGAAUUAUCAAGAUUACAUGUUUCGAGAGGCUCUCAAAACUGGCUUUUAUGAUCUUCAAACUGCAAGGGAUGAGUAUAGGUUCUCUUGUGGCAGUGGGGGCAUGAACCGUGACCUUGUAUGGCGUUUUAUGGAUGUGCAGACCAGGCUUAUCACUCCAUUCUGCCCUCACUAUGCAGAGUUUGUUUGGAGAGAGCUUCUGAAGAAGGAUGGCUUUGUGGUAAAAGCGGGAUGGCCCACAGCAGACUCUCCAGAUCUAAAACUCAAGAAAGCCAACAAGUAUUUGCAAGAUUCCAUUGUGUUGAUGAGAAAGUUGCUCAAUAAGCAGAUUUUGGGCUCAAAGAAACCUAAUAAGAAAGGGGCUCCAGUUACAGCACUACCUGAGGACAAGUUAAAGGGCCUAAUCUUUGUGAAUGAGCAAUUUGAUGGAUGGCAAGCAGAGUGUUUGCAGAUUCUUCAAAGCAAAUUUGACAGUAAUACCAAGACUUUUGCAUCCGAUGGGGAGAUAAUGAAAGCAUUACAGAAGAGCACUGUUGGCCAGGCAGCAGACUUUAAAAGAACCCAGAAACUAUGUAUGCCAUUCUUGAGGUUUAAGAAGGAUGAGGCAAUUAAAAUUGGUGCCGAAGCCAUGGAUCUGAAGCUUCCCUUUGGGGAGAUUGAGGUCCUGAACGUGAACUUGGACUUGAUCAAAAGACAACUUGGUCUGGAAGAGGUAGAAGUACUGUCGUUCACUGACCCUGAUGCUGAAGCUAAAGCUGGUUCUCUUGCAUCCUUGCUAAGGCAGAAUGCUCCUGCACCUGGAAAUCCAACUGCCAUCUUCUUGCCAAGGUAAACAACUGUGUUC